AUGCAAUUGCUGAUUGGACUUCGCUUGAGCUCAUUGCUGCUCUGCUAUGGCGAUGUGAUGGAUUCUGGUUGGAGGAACAGGAACCAGAGACUGCAACAUCGAAGAAUUUCUGAAGUGGAUGGUGGAACGCGAUGGACAGGUAAACUGCUCACCAGUGGUGGCGGUGGAAGCUGGAGAACGCAGGAAGGCACAGAAAGUUGA